AGUUGUAAUGGCGCCAAAAUGGUAUCUGAGGCAACGAGAUGUUUAGUCAAUAAUUUUUAUCUAAAAAAAUAUAUAUAGAAAAUGCCAAUUAUAGCAGAACGUGCUUCACAAAAUGAAGAAAAAUUACCAAAAAAAGAAUAUUAUAGCGGUAAUCCAGCUCUCGAUGAAUUAUGUAAAGGACCGAGAAUGACUAAGGAAUAUCUGAGAAAACAUUGUAAGGAGCAAAGAUUAUAUCAAACUCCGCAUUUAAACGACGUACUGUAUUUACAUUUCAAAGGGUUUUCUUAUAUUGAAAAUUUGGAGGAAUAUACAGGGUUGAAAUGUUUGUGGUUAGAAAAUAACGGAAUUAGAGAAAUAAGCGGUUUAGAUAACCAAAAACAAUUAAGAAGUCUUUUUCUACAUUAUAAUCUGAUUAAAAAAAUCGAGAAUUUAGAAUGUUGCCCUAUUUUGGAUACCCUAAACAUAUCUUAUAAUCAAGUAAAGAAAAUCGAAAAUUUAGAUUGCAUUAAACCUCUCCAUACUUUAAACAUGUCUCAUAAUUACGUGGAGAAAUUGGAAGAUUUUGAACAUUUAACACAAUUACAUGAACUUUCCGUAUUGGAUUUAUCCAAUAACCACGUAGACGAUCCCCUAAUCGUAGAGGUCGUCGGCAAAAUGGCGGGCUUAAGAGUAUUGAAUCUAAUGGGUAACCCAGUUAUAAGGAAGAUUCCUGCUUAUAGAAAAACAUUGAUCAUAGCUUGCAAACAAUUACAAUAUUUAGAUGAUAGACCGGUAUUUCCGCGCGAUAGGGCAUGCGCGGAAGCUUGGGAAAGGGGAGGAGUUACAGAAGAAUCGGCGGAAAGGCAACGUUGGAUCGAUAGGGAACGUCAAAAAAUGAUGGAAAGCGUCAACGCCAUAAUGAGGAUUCGAGAAAGGCAUUUGGAAGAGCGUAGACAACAAUGCGACAGCGGACAAGGGACUUCGGUGGGGGAUUCGGAAAGCGAUACGGAAAGUCUCGUUUUAAUUAACGAUAAUGUUGCACUAGAAAACGUUUCUUCCUCGUCGUCUUCGUCAUCAGACGAUAAUUUCAUGGAAGAUAACCAAAUAGCCGAUACGAGGGAGUACGAAGAAUACAGGGAAAGAAUUUUCGAUUUUAGUACUAAAACGUUCAAAAGUAGAUUUUUGGUCGAAGAAAUCACCGGUGAAGAACAAUUACCUACUACCAGUGCGGUAAACGAAAGUAUCGAUAGCGGUGACGUCGUUAAUCGUAACGAAGAAGAAGAAAUGCCGAAAAACGACGAAGAUACCGAUGAGAUUCAAGCGGAAAUCGAAGAUAUCGAUGUUGAAGAUACGAUCGAAAGAAAUAGACGAAAAGCGAAAGAAGCGGCGAUCGAAUUGGUGAAGAAAACGCGUUCCACUACGCGUUCGAUGACUUUCGAAGAAUUUUUGGAAUCCAGGAAGGAUCCAAAAAGGAUAUUCGACGAAAAUAAUACGCCUGAAGAUCCACCUAACGAAGAUAUAACGACAGGAAACGACAAUUCCGAUUUCGGUCUAUUUUUAGAUAUAAAAGAAGAAGCUGGUGAUUCCGAUGAUACCGAUACGGAAGAAAAUGAAGAUAUCAAAGAAUCUAGAUAUAAAAAUGAAGAAAGCGACGUUCCCGGAAGGUUAAAUGUAACGGAAAACGACGUAGAUCGUACGAAAACGACGUACAUUGAAGAUGGAGGACGAAGAAGAAACGUCGAAGCACGAAAACUAUCGGAAAUCGAAGAAAACGAAGAUACAAAAGUCGAUAGGGAAGAAACUAAAGAGGAAACGGACAAUUUCGAUGACGUAGUAACGAAAGAACACCAAAAUGAAGAAAGCGACGAUUUGCGAAGAUUUAAUAUCGCCAAAAAUGACGUAGACCAUACGGUACCAAUGGAUAUUGAAGAUGUAGGAAGAAGAAGAAACUUUAAAGCUAAAACAUCAGCAGAAAACGAAGAAAAUGGAAAUGAAAAAGAAGAUGGAGACGAUAGAGAAGAAAUCGAAGAAGGAAUAAUCAAUUGUGAUGAAUUAGAUACGGAAGAAGAACCAAAUGAAGAUGGCGACGAUACGGAAAUGUCAGAUAUAGAAGAUGCGGGAAGAAGAAGACACUUGGAAGAAACAAAACGAUCAGUAAUCGAAGAAAAUGAAGAUACUGAAGAUGGUGGAUAUAAAAAUGAAGAAAUUAAAGAAAGAACUGUCAAUUUAGAUGACUUAGAUGAUGAAGAAAAACGAAUUGAAGAUGGCGACGCUACGGAAAUGUCAGAUAUAGAAGAUGCGGGAAGAAGAAGACACUUGGAAGAAACAAAACGAUCAGUAAUCGAAGAAAAUGAAGAUACUGAAGAUGGUGGAUAUAAAAAUGAAGAAAUUAAAGAAAGAACUGUCAAUUUAGAUGACUUAGAUGAUGAAGAAAAACGAAUUGAAGAUGGCGACGCUACGGAAAUGUCAGAUAUAGAAGAUGCGGGAAGAAGAAGACACUUGGAAGAAACAAAACGAUCAGUAAUCGAAGAAAAUGAAGAUACUGAAGAUGGUGGAUAUAAAAAUGAAGAAAUUAAAGAAAGAACUGUCAAUUUAGAUGACUUAGAUGAUGAAGAAAAACGAAUUGAAGAUGGCGACGCUACGGAAAGGUCAGAUAUCGAAGAUGCGGGAAGAAGAAGACACUUUGAAGAAACAAAACGAUCAGUAAUCGAAGAAAAUGAAGAUACUGAAGAUGGUGGAUAUAAAAAUGAAGAAAUUGAAGAAAGAACUGUCAAUUUAGAUGACUUAGAUGAUGAAGAAAAACGAAAUGAAGAUGGCGACGCUACGGAAGGGUCGGAUAUCGAAGAUGCGGGAAGAAGAAGAAACUUUGAAGAAACAAAACGAUCAGUAAUCGAAGAAUAUGAAGAUAAAGAAAGAAGAAGAAACGUCGUAGGUAGAAUAUCUUCUGCUGAUACGGUCGCCGAAGAAAAACCGAUCAUAGAAAUGGAAGAAACGAAGAUAAUAGCUGAUAAUUACGAAGAUGAAUCGCCCGAAAUCGUCGGGGAAGAAAACGAAUGCGACGAUUAUUAUAAGAGACAAAAAUCUUUGAUGAAGAUCAAGAAAUCGAUAGAAGAAAGUAGAAAUAAAAAAUCAUCGAUCGAAGACGACGAUGAAGAAGAAGACGAAUACGAAGACGCCUUGGAGGACUUGGACGUUUACGUAGAAAUAGAUCGUGUCGAAAACGACGUUUCGAUUCAAAUGAACGUUGGUGAAGCGAAUACUGAAGAUGGAGAACGUUUGGGGUACGAAACGGAUACCUGCGUUAAGGACAAAAGGUCUUCCGAACAUAUGAUUUUUUACGAAAAUUUAGAUAAAAGCGAUAAAAUUUCGAUCGAAAAUGAUGGAGUCGAUUAUGAGGAAUGUAGAAUACGAACCAGGGACGAAAUUAAAAAAAUAUUUUCGUAUAAACCCGAAGAUGAGAAUGUCGAUGAUGUUAGAUACAAGGAAAUGUUGGAGUGGGAUAUCAAAUUACCCCCACAAAACGUGCAAAUUCUCCCGCCGAUAAAUAAGAAGAAAGAUGACGAAGAAAGGGAAGAAACUUUGAGAUUGCUGAUGGAAACUAAUAAAACGCGAAGAAACGCCACGGAAAAAGAAUACGAAAUCACGCCGCCAGGGGAUAUAAUAGAAGAUGGAGACGUUAUACUGUACCCGACGUCCAAAAUACAAAAAGAAGACGAUAAAUCGAUUGUAAUUGAAAAAAAAUUGAUUAUUUCUGAAAAUUUUCCUAUAUAUCAAACUAUAGAAGGACACACUGUAGAUAUUUCCAGCUCCAAGAACGAAGAAUUGGCGGAAAUUUCGAAUUCCCUGCAAAUUUCCAACAGUAUUUCGGAAAUUCGUCAACAGAUGUCGGACUUUACGACAAAAUUCGAUGAAUUCAAAGAGAAAUAUCGUUCGCAACGCGAAGAAAUCAUUAGAGAUUACAACGAAGCCGUUAAAAGAGAAUUGGAAGUCGUGGAUAAACUGAUGAUGGCUAAAGAGACUUUUUUGACGAAACGAGACGAUGCGAGACCUUUGACGUACGCCGAUUUGAAAAAACACUACGAAGACAUGGGAAUGACGUACGAAGACGAAGAAAUGGCAAGUUUAGAUGAAGACGGCGCUAAAGAAAGUGAAGAUCUAUUCGAAGAUUGCGAAUUAUCAGAUGGAAACGUGCACGAAUUGAAAAAAAGCGACGAGAAAGUUGUUUUAGGUGGUGAAAAGAUUGAAAUUCUCGAUACUUAUACGGUGGAAAAUCAAUUGGAACUCGAAAAAUCUGGAGGGUUGAACGGAAAAAACGAAAAUAGCGAUCCAGUUGAACGGAAAACUGGUUGUUCUUUGGAAAUGCAGUUAGCCAAGGAAGAGGAUUAGUUAUAUUUCACAUUUUUUGCGAUUGUAGUACAAAAAUUGUACAUUUUCUUGAAUUAAAUUACGAUAAAAUC